GCGGCAGCGACAGCCCCCCCGGAGAACUGCUCGCGAGUGUGUGGGUUGGUGCGGCAGCGGGGCCUGUGCUCUCACUGUUACCGACAUUUGUGCUUAGUGUGAAGAAGGUCAUGAUGGCAACAUCUGUUGGAGAGAGCCAGAUCCAAAGGAUAAUCCGAGACCUGCAAGAGGCAAUUUCUGAGCUAAAUCGAGAACACAAGGAAACUGGUGAACCUGUUACAGAUGACAGCACCAAUCUCCACAAUUUCUCCUUAAAGUUAGAAUAUCUACUUCAGUUUGACCAAAAGGAAAAAACAAGCUUUCUCGGAAACCGGAGAGACUACUGGGACUACUUCUGCAAUUGUCUGACUAAACUGAAAGGAGCUAAUGAUGGAAUUCGCUUUGUCAAAUCUAUCCCUGAGCUGAAAACCUCACUUGGAAAAGGCCGGGCAUUUAUUCGCUAUUCCUUGGUCCACCAGCGACUGGCUGAUACCUUACAACAAUGUUUAAUGAAUGUAAAGGUUACAAGUGAUUGGUACUAUGUACGAAGCCCAUUGCUGAAACCCCAUCUCAGUUCUGAUAUCAUCAAUCACCUGUAUGAACUAAACGAAGUUCAACUUGACUUGGCUUCCAGAGGGCAUGACUUGGAUGCUGCUUGGCCAACAUUUGCACGGAGAUCUUUUGGCUUGCCUCAUUCUCCAUCACAUCUUUGGAAACCGCCGAGUAGAUGUUCCAGUAUAAGUAGUUUGAUUAGCAACUAUUCACAGGCCCCGGAAGGUCUUUCGAGUCCUGAAAUAAACAAUGUACUAUUAACUGAGCAGCUGGAAACCUUAGACGAGUUGCGCAUUGAGCUUGAUCAAUCUGAGGUAAAGCAAAAGGAAAUGCAUGAGCAGAUCCAGCAGCUUGAGGUGGAGAAGGAAGAGCUGCAGAAGACAACGUGUUUGCAUGAGCAAAGAGAGGAAGCUGUCAAGAAAUCAAUUGCUGAGACUAUGGAGGAAAACAGCCGGCUGGAGAAAUUGGUAGAAGAGCUGAGAAAGGAAGGUGAAGCCUCAGUUUCUACUCAGAACAUUAUUUUGCAGUUUCAGACACGUUUGCAGACAUUAGAAUCCAGUUAUGAUGAAAAACAGAAAGAACUUCAGACGAGGCUUAUUGAGUUGGAAACGCAAAAUAAAGAGUAUGAAGUCAAACUAAAAGGUUCAAAACAAGAAAUGGAACGGAUCAAGGCCUCUGAAAAGUCAAAAAGUAAUAGCCUUAGUGAACUUCAAAUCAAGUUAUUCACAGUGGAACAGAAGAACCUAGAACUGAUAGCAAGGAUAGACAAUAUUUUGACUGAGAAAGGACAACAGACUGCUAUUCACUAUGACUCGGCUCAGAAGAUCCAUGAGCUGCUUGAUAGGUUGAACGAGGGUGAGAAGGAGAGAAUUGGAUUGCAGAGACUGAAUAGUGAUCACCAGUGUCAGCUGGAGAAGUUAACAAAUGAUUUGAAAUCAAAAGAAGCUAUAAUAAAUGAACUAGAGUUGAAGUUAAAAGAGACUACUUCAAUAUUUGAGGAGGAAAGUAUAAAGCUUGUGGAAAGAAAUGAAGAAUUGGAAUAUUCAUUGAAUAAAUUUAAGGAAACCACUGGAUCAGAAAGAGAAACUGCUGACCUGCAGACAACUGAGCAGGAAGAUUCUAACUUCAAAUAUGAAAAAUUAAAAGCUACUUUUGAGGAACAAAUAACUACUCUUUCUGAUCAACUUAAGACAAAAGAAAUGGAGCUGUCUAGUGUAUGUAACAAGGCACAAAACCUUGAAGAGGUUAGAAUUACUCUUUUCCAUAAUAAAGAAGAUCUUAGGAAAAAGACGCACGAUUUGGACGGACAGUUACUCAAACUGGAAGCCAAAUUAGACGAGGCUGACUUUGAACAUCAGAAAUUGCAAUAUGAGCAUGAAAAGCUUCAGCAAGCAGUGCAGAAACAUCUGGAAAAAAAUAAAGAGCUGGAGGUGACUUGUUUAUCACUUGAAGCUGAAGUAGACAAACUGAGCGCCUCUGAGAAACAGCUACAGAGCCAGAUAGAUGAUGCUUCAUUGCCAGUGGAUGAAAGAGAAAAGAAACUGAGGGAAGAAAACAAGCAGUUAAAUGAGAACUUGCAAAAUUCUAUAAGACAGAUUCAGAUGACAGAGGAAAAACUGAAGAAUAUUCAGUCUGAAUACGAUAAUCUGAAAAAGCAAGGUAAUGAUUUGAACAACAGUUUUCUAAAUCUUCAGGAAGAUAAUCGGGUCAAGAAACAAAUGGUUUCAGAGCUAGAGAAUAAAUUAUCAACAUCAAAACAGAGUGAAGAGUCUCUCGCUUCGCUCCAGUUGGAGAUGGAGGAUGCCUUGCUUGAAAAAGUCAACCUUCUAAAGCAACUCUCAGAAAGCUUUGAGAAGAGUCAGGCAAAAAUAGAGAUUCUAGAAAAAGAUAAGCUGGCCCUUGAAAACUGCUUGCAACAACAAACUCAACUUUCAGAAGGCGUAAUAGCUGAAAGAGACUCACUGGUGAAAACACAGUUAAAUGUACAGGAGCUGACUGAGAACUUGACUAUUACUGAAAAUCAGCUUGAAGCCUGUCAGAGUGAAGUAACCCAAUUACAGACUGAGAUCUGUGAACUCAGGUCAAAACUCAAACAAACAGUUGAGGAAAAGGAAAAUGUACAAAGUAAUCUAGAUCUUGCUGUUUGCUCCAAGGAGGAAUAUCGAAAUUUAGUUCAACAUCUAAAAGAACAGAUCGAAUCACUGAAUAGGGAUCAUAUGGAAGAACUCUUGCAGUUGAAAGAGAAAGAAGAUUACCUGAAGAAAGAACGAGAUAGUGAAGCUCAGCAAAUAACCGAACUUAAGGGAAAACUUGUAUUCAUUACGGAAGAGCUAUUACGAGCAAAAAAACAGGCAGAAAAAGUACAGCAUGAGCACGGGGAAACAAAAGAGCUACUUUGCAGGACAAAUACUGAAAUGGCAGAGCUGGGCAUACAGAUUUGCACUUUGAACUCAGAAAAGCAUGCUGCUGAACAAAAAUGUGUUGACAUUUCUCAACAAAUAGCAAGGUUACGUGAAGAGGUGAAUGUCGAACAAAACCAACUGAAUUGUAAUAUCGCUACAAUUGAGAAAGAAAGGAUGGAGGAAGAGUUGAAGAAAUCCGAGGAGAUAACGGCAGUUGUAAAAGACCUGCAGAGUAAACUAGACAAAGCAGAACAACAAGUAAAAAGCUUCCAGGGAACUGCAAAGGAAGAGAUUUCUGCAAUCAAAUUUCAGAUGAGUGGACAGGUGAUGGACUAUCAAAAUAAAUUAAAGGAAAUUUGUGAAGAAUUGGAAGUUGUGAAAGGGCAGCUUAAUAAACGACAAAACCAAAUAAGCUCAAUGGAUGAACAAGUUCAGAAAUUACAAGACCUCAAUGGUAAAUUGUCAAAGCAGUUGGAGGAAAAAACACAGCUGUUCAUGGAUUCAGAGACACAGAGAAAUCAAAAGGAGAAAGAACUGAUAUCCCUGACAGAAAACUUCACCAGAUCUCUGGAGGAGUUUGAAACUGUGAAGGAAGAACUGAGAGAGUAUAAAAAGAACCUUCAGAUGACACAGGAAGAGAGAGAGAGAACGGAACAAAAACUGUUGGCCGAAGUGGAUGACCUGGACAGAACUAAACAGUUCCUGGAGGAGCGUCUAAUUGAAUUGAUUAAGGAUAAGGAUGCCUUAUGGCAAAAAUCUGAUGCAUUGGAGUUUGAGCAAAAGUUACGUACAGAGGCUCGAUGGCUUGGCGACCGAGAGGUGAAUCAUUGUCUGGAUUGUCAAAGUCAGUUUACAUGGUGGUUACGGCGGCAUCAUUGCAGACUUUGUGGGCGUAUCUUCUGCUACUACUGCAGCAAUAAUUUUGUGAUGACAAAACACAGUGGUAAAAGAGAACGCUGCUGCAAAGCCUGUUGGUCAGAGCAUAAUGCUGUUGUUCAACGAUUCAGUGACGCAGGAUCUUCUAGUACUUCCGACAGCCCCGAUGAAUCUCCAUCACUCUCAACUUCAGAAAGACUUGCAAGCAGCAACACCGAAACUUUUACAAAGCCGGAUGAUGCAACGUUUGACAUCAUCACAGAUGAAGAGCUCAAUGAAAUUGAAGAAAAUGACUGUUGUCCACCUAUAAGAAGCCAAUCAGAGUCAUCUUUUGAGAAUACUCCAUCUCUAAAUCCCACAUCAGAUGUCAGAUCACUAGAAGAACCAAGACUUCUACCUGAGAAUGGAAACACACCUCCUAUGCAGGAUGCUGAAAUUUGUUUGCUGAAGUCUGGAGAUCUUACGCUAACAAUACCUCAUAAGGUGGAGGAGAUUGUUCAGUUUGGAGACAGGAAUAAAGAGCUCUUUAUUAAAUCCAGUUGCUAUAGUCUCAUUCCCAUCGUUGUGGAAGAAUCUGGUCUCACCAUUAACUGGGUGUUUUCUUCCGAACCAAAAAGUAUAUCGUUCAGCAUCGUUUACCAGGAGUCUGCAGAUACACCUUAUGAACAGUGCAAGGUUUUGAUUCCCUUAACACGUUGCAAUUCUCACAAGGAGACAAUACAAGGACAACUGAAGGCUAGAAAUACUGGGAUCUAUUUGCUGAUAUUUGACAACUCUUUUUCGAGGUUUACCUCAAAGAAGGUGCUUUACCGCUUAACAGUUGAAAAGCCCAUAAUCUAUGACGGAAGUGACUUUCCGGGACCCUGAAAUGUUUCUACAUUCGUUUUUUUAAAGAAGAGAAGCACUUAUAUUUUAAGAAUGUUCAACAACUAUUUGGGAUGGGGGGAAAUCUGUAUUUUUCAAAGAUUUGGAAACUAUGCAAACAAAACUUUCAUAAAAGAUAUAUGCAAUAACCUAUCUUUCAUGUUACCAAAGCACUAAAUAAUAUACUGUGUUGCAGAACUGUGAGCCUUUCUUUUCAACUGGUGCAUAGUUUUUAGUAGAUAAAAGCUCUAUUUUUAAAAAUAAUUAUUUUACUGAUAUAGUCCCUUGUACGUUCUAUUAUUCUAAUCAGGGUGCUGGUAUAACAAGAGUUCCCUGCUAAGGCAAGCACUUUAUUCGCUUGAAUUUUACCACUGCUGUCAGUUGCAUGCAUUGCACAGUUAUAAAUGAAUGUUAUGUAUUUAUAACAUAAAACUCAUAACUAAACAAAUCAAUAGCACACCAUCUUUGCUCCCUGUAAUUUGUUGAUGUGCAGCAAACCAGGGGAACUUAUAAUCAAUUAAAUAGGUUAUCUCAUUAAGAUAGUGUGACACUAAAGCAGGCAGUAAAAUGAGGAAAAGCUUUUUCAGUAUUUAAUGGCUCACAGACAUUUUGACAUAGGAUAGAUUUUAAAGAUAUAUUUUGAAAAUAGUUUUUAUCACUGGAGCUAUAUACAGUAUAACAGCUUUGAAGUGAAAAUACAUUUUAAUCGUAAUGAAACUGAUUUGGCAUGGUUUAUAUUUUUAGAUGUUACAAAUGAUUUUGGCAAUAACCAAUUUAUUAAACUCACAUUAUAAGAUGGACAGUUCCACCAGUUAUUGAAUCAAAUACCUGUUACAUCUGAAGGAAACAAUUACUAAAAGAAAAACUGAAUACAGGAAAUAGAAAAUUAAAAACAAAACCUGCUGGAAAUACAUAACAGAUGAAUCGGCAUCAGAAUGAAAAAUAUUCUCUGACAAAAUAUCAUCCAUUUUCUUGUUAAAAUAAUUUUAUAAAAGUUAUUUAAGGUCCACAAACAGUGCUCGUCUCAGAUCCCUAAUUCCAUUUCCUGCAUGGAGCCGUGUUUGAAGAUCACGAACUGAAAACUGUAAUUUCUUAUUACUGGAAAAGAACUCCUGAAAUAAUGUAAUUUCUGCUGUCUCUUUUUCCCAUAGUAAUUAUCACAUUUCUCUCUCCGCUCGCUUUCUUUCAUAUUCACACACAAACACACACAAUCGAAAAAAAUUGCAGAGUCUGCAUUUAAUACGAGGAUUCUCCAAGGUUGCAUAAAUAUUGAAUCCCACCAGUAACAGGGUGUACAGCAUGCCACUUCCGUGCACUUCGCUCAGAAGGGGAUUCCAGUAGCUAACAAUUCCAGCACUCAAAGAAACAAUGAUUUUGUUCACAUGUGCAUAAAGAGAAGUUCAGAUGAAUUAGGCCUCUUUACUCAUUUGAUCUCAUCCUUCCAGAGUACAAAACCUAUUGCUAGGCCAAGCCGUUUCUUCAAUGCCCUGGUCCCUUGCUAAUGUUCCUGGUAACCUAACUACAAUUGUUGAUUCCUCUCAGUAAAGAAAUGAUUCCUAAUGUUUGUCCAAAAAUUGUCUUGCACAGCCUUGAACCUGUGCCCUCUUGUCCUGCUGUCUUGCCGUGCUGGAAGGUAUUGUUCUGGGUUUGCAUUCUCUGUCCCAUUUAAAAUCUUUAUAUGUACCUUUAAAUUGCCUCCACCGGAAAGGAUUAUUUUCCAGACUGACAACCACCUUAUCUAGUCGUUCAUCACAGUUCACACCCUCUAAUCCUUGAAUUAGCCUCAAUGCUAUUCUGGGAAUCUGUACUCAAUUAGUUUUUCAAUGUACAGAGGGGUAAUGAUUUUAACAAUGAUUACUGAAUAUCAGUGAUUCAACAUUUGUUAACUCUAUAAAUUCUCCAUGUUAUUUCUCCUCUAUACUGACCUUCCUAAGUUAUGCCCAAGUGUGGAAGAUAAUAAGCAUAUUGACCAACAAUGAAUCCACUCACAUUAGGAUAAAAUUGUUAGAUCUGAGACGAGUACCUUCAGGUCCGAAACACUGAUUGUCCAGCGCCUUGAGACAUCCUCACGUCGUGAAAGGCGCUAUAGAAAUGUAAUUUUGAUGGUGGUAUUUAUUUUACUAAAAGAGAAAAGUAUAAACAAACCAAUGCAGGGGGCACACAUGGUAUUUUAAUGAUAACACUAUCUGCAGUUAUUUGGCGGUUAUAAUUAAAGUAAUUUAUUUCUGCUUGAAUUUGAAAAAUCAAUGCCAAAGAAUUUUCAAGUUUAAUUUCUGAAUUAAAACUGACAUUUUUUUUCUUGAACUUAUUAUUUUAAGAUGGUGUGUGGAAUUCUUUGCUUGAAGAUAAAUGAUGUUGAUGUGGUGUUAUGUGAAAAGCUAGGUUUUAUUUGCUCCAGCAAUAAAUAAAGGUUGUAUUUUAAAACUG